AUGGCUGAAGACCCGAACUUUAUUAUCAAUUUCCAGGCCACCCUUAACAGCCAAGAAAGCUGGAGCACCCGAAUCAUUUGCUUUAGAGCAGAUUCUCCCAAGACAAUCCCUGCAUGUAACAAGGAAAUUGUAACAAGCCGCCUACACAACCAAUUAGGUCAUUAUUUAGACAAAAUGCUUCAGGCACAACAAAUCAAUGUCCAGUAUGGCGGAUUCAAGAGCGCGAAUAUCAACUAUUCGGGGAAGCCUGAUCUUGCUAUACUAGAUAAAGUGACCAUUCAAGUGAUGGGAGUCGGAGAGGUGAAGACCCCGUGGGUGUGGGAACAUGAUUUGGAGGGCUUAGAUGAUGCAGGACGAACAAUAGCCUUUGCACAGACACUGGGCUACAUGCAUGAGCUUCACUUAAAGCAUGGUUUUAUCACCAAUUACGAGCAAACCAUUUUUCUCGAACAGAUUAUGGUAAAUGGGCAGGUGACUGUCCUAUACUCCCCAGUCAUUCGCACCUGUUUGUACCUCCGAGCCCUGGUUUACAGCCAGCCGUGA